UAGCAAUCAAACAGUUGUUAUGAUCCCGGAGUACUCACUAUAUUUCGGUGGUAAAGAGCACUGGAAUGAUAUCUUUAUUCCGUUGAGUACUUCAUGUGAUUAUAAAAAUUUAACUCAAGAUGAGCGCAAUGUUACCGAAAUACCCAAUAAUAUAAUUUAUAGAAAACUUAUGAAUCAAUUGCCGAAACAAUUUGGUAGAGAUUUGAUGUCUCUGGUGGACAGUCCUAACUCAUGGUUUCACUCGCAGUUCACGGGAUAUAUAUUGAGACCACAACCAAGACUUCAGAGAUUUCUCAAUGAUUUUAAGAAACAAAUUAAUUACAGACACCCUAUUGUAGGCAUUCAUGUGCGACGGACUGAUAAAAUAAGUAAUGGAGAAGCACUUUAUCAUCCAAUUUCCGAUUAUAUGGUUUCAGUCAAAGACUAUUUCGAUAAACUAGAGCUCACACGACAAGUAUCCCAAAGACUAGUCUAUGUAGCGUCCGAUGAUCCGUCAGUUUUGCCUCAAUUUAUAAACGAUUAUCCAAACUAUGAAUUCAUUGGAAGUACUUCCAUCUCGAAGUUGGCUUUCAAUGACACCACGAGAUAUUCAAAUGAAUCCCUUUGGGGAGUACUCGCGGAUAUAUUCCUGUUAUCGGAAACCGAUUAUAUUGUUUGUACCUUCAGUUCAGCCGUAUGCCGACUUUCCUAUGAAUUAAUGCGAUACAGCCAAUUGGACGCCUCAUUGCAAUACCGAUCCCUAGACGUGCCCUUUCAUUAUCACCACUCAUUGACUCCCAUCCGGACUGCUGUUUACAACCAUCGGUCAAAAUCUGAAGAUCAAUGGGAUCUAAGAAUUGGUGAUCAUUUCUACGAAAAGGUGGUGGGUCAAUUUACUGAAUGGUUUGAUCAGUCAAUUAAUGGCAGGGGUUGGAACUCAUAUUUCUAUGCCUCCAAUUCAUCGACACAACAAAGUUCUUAUAAAUUAUACCCUGUUUAUAAAGUUUUUGAUGACAUUGAGUUGGUCUAGAUUCUCAAGUACUACUUAAUAAA